AUGGCCUCCCCAACCCCAUCCUCCCCGGGCCCAACCCCCUUCCCCACCCGCCCAACAAAAGAAAACCCCGUCAUCAUAGUCGGCACCGGCCUCUCCGGCCUUGUCGCCGCCUUUGAGCUCUCGCGCGCCAACAUCCCCUGUUUACUCCUCGACCAAGAACCCCGCACCUCUCUCGGCGGGCAAGCCUUCUGGUCUUUGGGAGGGCUCUUCAUGGUCGACUCCUCCUUCCAGCGACGGAUGGGCAUCCGCGACUCGCGCUCCCUGGCCCUGCGCGACUGGUUGAGCUCGGCACAGUUCGACAAGCUGGAGAAAGAAGAUUACUGGCCCCGGAAAUGGGCCGAGGCAUUCGUGAAUUUUGCCACGGACGAGAUGGAAGAUUACAUGAAAGCGAGGGGACUGGGGUUUUUGGUUAAUGUCGGGUGGGCGGAGCGUGGGGACGGGAGGGGCGCGGGGGGGCAUGGGAAUAGCGUGCCGCGGUUUCAUGUCAGUUGGGGCACGGGGCCGGAGGUCGUUAGGGUUUUCAAGGAGCCCGUUGAGAAAAAGGAAAAGGAGGGGGUGGUGGAGAUGAGGUUCAGACAUUGUGUUGAUGAGAUUUUGACUGAUGCGACCGGUAGGGCGGUGGGCGUCAAGGGUAGGGUGUUACAAGACGAAGAGGUGCCCCGGGGCGAGAGCUCAACGCGGGAGGCAACAGGAGACUUCGAAAUUCGUGGCGCGGCGGUGAUUAUCGCCAGCGGAGGAAUCGGAGGAAACUUGGAGAAGGUAAAGAAGAACUGGCCUAUCGACCGCCUCGGUCCCAAAGUGCCAGACACAAUGGUCAUGGGCGUGCCGGCGCACGUGGACGGACGGAUGAUUGACAUCGCCGAGGGCGUGGGCGCGAGCGUGAUCAACAAGGACAGGAUGUGGCAUUACACGGAAGGACUCAAGAACUGGUCACCCAUCUGGCCCGGCCACGGCAUCCGCGUGUUACCUGCCCCUUCCUCUCUCUGGCUAGACGCCACAGGCAAGCGCCUGCCCCCGUUCCUCUUCCCCGGGUGCGACACGCUCGCCACGCUCAAACACAUCUGCAGCACGGGCUACGACUACUCCUGGUUCAUCUGUAACCGCACCAUCGCCGCGCGCGAGUUCGCGCUCUCGGGGUCCGAGCAAAACCCUGACAUAACCAACAAAAGCAUCAUCCAAACCCUUCGCCAGCGCGUGUUCAGCUCCAACGGCACCGUGCCGGUGCAGAACUUCAUCAAGCACGGCGAGGACUUUGUCGUGAGAGAUAACCUCGAGGACCUGGUGGCGGGCAUGAACGAGCUCAUCAUGGCAAAAACUGGAGGGGGUGGUGUCCGUCUUCUUGAUUACAAUGCCAUUAAAGAAGAAGUCGAGGCCCGCGACAGCCAGUUCGAGAACCCGUUCUCGAAAGACGCGCAGGCGAUGCUGAUCAACAGCACGCGGAAUUACUGGCCCGACAAAAAAAGUAGGGUGGCGCCGCCGCAUAAGUUGCUGGAUAAGAAGUAUGGCCCGCUGAUUGCGGUGCGGAUGAACCUGCUUACGAGGAAGACGUUGGGCGGGAUAGAGACGAACCUGAGCAGCAAUGUUAUGAGGACGGAUGGCACGCCGUUCCCGGGGUUGUAUGCGGUUGGAGAGGCGGCUGGGUUUGGAGGGGGUGGUGUGCAUGGGUAUAAUUCCCUUGAGGGAACGUUUUUGGGCGGGUGUAUCUUCUCUGGCAGAGCGGCUGGACGGGCUAUUUUGGAAGAGGUUCUUGGGACAACGGGUUUGCAAGCGAAGCUUUGA